AUGAAAAUGAAUUCUUGUUACAAAAUUAUCAAUUUAUAAAAAUCACAGGAUGCUUGUGCUAUAUAAUACGGGGACUUAUUCAUAAAUAGAUUUGAUCUUGAACAAAUAGUAUCUUUUUUCUACUUCUUUGCAACUUUAAAGAUCAUUUCCACCAACAAAAUUGAAGCAGUUGAUAUCUUUGUAUCUAUAAUUUUCCUUCUUUAAAUUCAAUAAGUUAUUCAUAAAAUAAGUUUUUAUAAUUAAAUUUGUUUAGUAGAAUCAGUAUUACUUUCUUUAUCGUAUAAAAAUAUAAUUUUUUAAUUUAUCUUAGCUUAUUCAAUAUUUUUUAUGAUUUCUUCCAUUUUAUUUUGUCAAAAUAAACUAUUUUUUAUGGCUUAAUAAGUAUUUUUCUACAUUAGAAUACCUAUUUUCCUGUUAACUCUCCCAUCUCUAAGAGUGUAGUUGCAUUAUUUAUAUUAUUGA